GGAUUAUAGGACAUCGUCGUUUCGCUGGAUUUCUGGGACGAAAUGGACGAUAAUCUGAAGUUUACCGUAUCUUACGACUCUCAGCAUGCGCUUAUUGUUCUCGAUUUGCCCGAGCUUGACCUGGAGCAUGAAAGCGACCUCAUCCUCGAUGUGUUUCCGCAUGAGUCCGUCUUUACGGCACCACCGUAUCAUGGCAGAAUUCCCCUGGAACGUGCUGGUAAAUGCGGUAAAGUGCUACCGGAGCAUAUAGAUUACGAGAAGAGCAGCGUUACUUUCCGAGUUCCACUGGACAUCGCAACGAGCAGUAAAGGAAAUGCUUCAGAGAGUACUUUUCCCUACGGUUUCGGAUUGCUCUAUAACGGGCCCCUCUCGGUGGACACAAGCCAGGAACUGAAAUCUCUAUCCAACCCGGAACUGCAUUCCCUGCCGGAUCGAAUGGCUAUGAUGGAAGCAGCAGAAAAUGCAGACUUUAACGCUGAGCACUACGGAAUGGAUUACAUACAAUUUAUGAUCGAUAAGCUGGGUCUCAAGUUGAAAGAUCUUUCGCCCGUUAAACCACUUACCGACGAGCAACGGUAUCGAGCGAGUGUGAUCGUUGGCGAGAAACCGAAACAGAACGAGCUAAUCAAAUCCAUCUCGGAGCACCGGCCUGUGAUGCUCGGUAUGAUCGACAUCCUGCUGGCCAUCGCCUACGACCGUUUGACGAACAACAAUGAGCUGAACGAGGCCAACUCGCACAUCAACAUUCAACGAAUAUCGGCGACGUUGUCAUAUUUCGUGGAGUUCAGCACAAUAGAAACGUUGUUGCGCUCGUUCUAUCGACGCUCCUGCACCUAUCCGUUCUAUCGAAACAAAGAUCUCACUCAACUGUGCGUAGCAACACUGAUCGAGCGUGUACGGGCAGCAAACAAUCGGAAGGAGUGGCUAACUCAAGAAUUGUCUCAUGCAUACGAUGCCUUCAAGACAACCGAUUGUGCAAUUCUGAACCACUACUACAUCAAGGAUUGCAUCCGAUACGUUGAACUGGCUCUGGAUGAUAAGAUGUUACUGCAAAUUAUGACGGAAUUGGAAGAGGCGCUACCGGAUGUGCACCCGGAACCGCUCGGGUUUGGUGAGGAAAACGUGGUACAGAGGCUUCUGAAGGAUGUCAUUACGCAGGAUUCCGAUUCGUACGUAACGGAUUCGGAUGACUAUGAGUCUCCCAUUAGCUUAAGCGAUGCAUCUGGCGCUGAUGACGAUGAUGACGAAGAUGACGAUGGUGCUUCCUCGGAGAAGGAACUGUCGAAUGAAAAUGUUCUCGAGAAGCUUAUGAAUCUUAAGCUGUCAAGUUAGGUCAAGAAAACAUGUACUGAUUGACUUAUAAAACAUGUUCUGUAACGUGAA